AUGGUUGGUACUGAGAUCCCCAUAGCUUCCGGGGACUUUCAUAACUCGCCAAAUGAUACUUCCGAAGGAAGAGGCUCUUCAGAACCCGUUGACUCUCCUGCGGAGGAGACCAGGGCUUCUCCUAUGAAGAGGUCAAUCGGCGGCUUUGCCGAUGAAGAUGAUCUCCUUGAUAUUGAUGAUGAUUUCAUUGAGCCUCCGCCUAAGAGGGUCCGGUUUGAUGAUGUCUCGCCAGCCGCCGCAGCUUCCGAAGCUUCGGCUCCUAAGGCGGCUCCCGCGGCGCAAGCAUCGACUGCCUCCUCCCUUUCCAAAGAGAAAGAUGCUCCUACUGCUGCCACAACCCCUCCUUCUGAGGUCGACUCCCUGAAAGAAGAGCUGAACAAGCUGAAGGAGAAGCUGAAGGAGGAGGAAACUCGGGCGGCAGAAAAGGAUGAACUUCUCCGUCAGUCUGCCUUGGCCCUGCUUGAAGCCGCCAGUAUCCCUGCUACUGCUUUGGACAAAGUUCCAAGCAACUCCCCGGCAAAUGGUGUGUCAAUGGUUCUCGCCACCCACCAGCUUACCCGGGAGCUGCUUGACAAGGGAAAGGGUGCUCUGGCGCGGAUGCAUUCAAUGAUAUUCCCCAAGGCCAAGCAAGAGAAGAAUCUGGGGCAGCUGAUUGAUGCCUUCGUUUUCCCGGUGCCCUCGUUUGUUGAUGACUCUUCGGGCGUUCUUCCCGAAGGUGAUCGGGUACAACGAAUGAAGGAUCGGAUCACGCAGAUGGAGAAGGACCUACGCAGCACUUACGCCUUGGCUGCAAUUGUCAACAAGAAGAGCGAGAUUGCAGCCGACGUAGAGCGGUAUGCUCUUACUGAGCUAUAUAAGGCUACCGAGAGCUUGAACUUCACACCAGAAGUCGGAGUUCCACCCAAGGCUGCUUCAGCCGCCAAGCCUGAUCCUAAGGACGUCAUCAACGUUGAUGACAUCCCUGAAGAUCCGAUCGCCGAGACUGCACAAGGCGAUUCCGGCAAGGGCGCCUCCUCGUCUGUUCCUCCGCCUGAGCAACCCACCGCUACUUCCGCCGAGCCUACGGCCGAACAAUACGAGCAGAAAGUGCAGCUGAUCCAUGCCACUGGCGCAUCCCAGACUCCGUCGCUGCAGAAGCUCCCCCUUUCUCAACGUCAUGCGGAAAUUUCAGCCAUGAUGGAGAAAGUAUGGGGACCUGCGGAUACAGAGAUGAAGGAGCUCUCCGACCUCGAGAGCGAACUCAAGGUCUUCUUUGCUAAGCAUAAGGAGGUGUGCCAGAUGACGGAAAUAGAAGGGCUGCGCUGGAUCGCUGAGAAUAGUCGUCGAGCUGUGCUCCGCUCGGAGACCCGAUUGAAGGAAGAAACUGACAAGCGCCCCACCAUCGAUGCCUUAUCCGCCAAGGUCCAAGUAUUGGAGGUGGAGAAUGAAACUCUGAAGAACUUCUUGAAAGAGUCCUCCGAGAAGGAAACUAAAGAAAAGAAGGAGCUCUCCGAGAAACAUUCCCGCGAGAUGGCGGAACUGGCUGACAAACUCAAGAAGAGCCAGCAAAGGGUGACCACCCUGGCGGCCAAGAACAAGAGCCAGGAGGCAGAGGCGGAAGCAGGCUUUUCCGACCCGGAGGAGGAGGAAGAGGAAGCUGCCGAGGAGGGCGAUGAGGAAGGCUCCGGGUCAAGUGCUGACCACGACGAGGAAGGCUCCGACUUCGACGACGGUGGCUCAGGCGGUGGCUCGGAUGAUGGCUCCGCCUACAUAUUUUCUGACGAAGAGCAGUCCUCCGAGAACCUGUGA